AUGCUUGUAUAUGAAUAUGUUGACAACGGCAAUUUGGAGCAAUGGCUGCAUGGUGAUUUAGGGCCUUACAGCCCUCUGACAUGGGAUAUCCGAAUGAAGAUUGCCAUAGGGACAGCAAAAGGGUUGGCAUAUUUGCAUGAAGGAUUGGAACCUAAAGUCGUGCACCGUGAUGUAAAAUCCAGUAACAUUCUGCUUGAUAAAAAAUGGAAUCCAAAAGUAUCAGAUUUUGGUUUGGCGAAGCUAUUAGGAUCUGAAGCAAGUUAUGUGACUACACGUGUAAUGGGAACUUUCGGGUAUGUUUCUCCUGAGUAUGCAAGUACGGGGAUGCUUAAUGAGGGAAGCGAUGUUUAUAGUUUUGGAGUUCUACUUAUGGAGAUAAUUACAGGAAGGAGUCCUAUUGACUAUUCAAGACCAGCUGGAGAGACAAACUUAGUUGAUUGGUUCAAAGGAAUGGUUGCUAGUCGCCGCGGAGAAGAGGUUUUAGACCGGCGUAUAGAAGUUCAACCCUCGUCAAGAGCUCUGAAAAGGGCAUUACUUGUUUGUUUUCGUUGCAUUGACUUGGAUGCCAUCAAGCGGCCAAAGAUGGGGCAAAUUGUUCAUAUGCUUGAGGUGGAUGACUUUCCCUUUCGCUCUGUAAGUGCCAUACUGAACCUUCUUUUUGCUAUCUGUUUCAACAAAGCCUGUACUAUUAUACCAGAGUUAUUGGUUAGACAGUCACUAUUUCAUUGGUUUGGCCAUCCCUUCCUUGCUUAGAUUUGUUCUAUUACACAAGUCAAUGUGUUCUUCAAAGAAAGUCAUGUUAGCAAGGGAUCCUUUGCAUUGUUCUCAGAGUUUUGAUUCCUUAUAAUCGAGACGAAUAGAAGACACCUCUGUUCCUGUGCCUGUGUUUAAAUGACAGCUUCAGUUCGUCACU